AGGAGGCUGCAUCCAAUUCGAGCACCGGAAAUCGAAAAAGGGAAGAAUUAGUGGGUUCGUGCGUGCAUCUUAUAAAAUUUUCCCACCGAUUAUCAUUCCCUGAUAAGGAAAAUACGUGUGUAACAAUUCAGGAAAGUUGAAGAAAAAAUCAUUUAACUCUUCAUUUUCUUCCUUCCACUUGUCGUCUCAGAUCCAAUCUAUUCAUCUCCUCGCUGCCACAGAUCAGACCUUGAGGUUGGUUUUUGAAAGCGUUGUGGAUGGGGAUUCAAACGAUGGGUUCUCAAUUGAACGGCCAACAGUCCCAUUUACAACAUGCCUCGUUGAUGAGACAAAAUUCAUGGUAUGGUCGAACUCUUGAUGAGGUUAAAAACCAGUUAGGUGAAUUGGGGAAGCCAGUAGGGAGCAUGAACCUUGAUGAGUUUCUCCAUAACAUCUGGGCAGCUGAAGACAACCAAUCCAUGGAAAUGGAGAGUGAAAGUUCCUCUUCGGCGUAUUCUCUGCAGCGUCAAGCCAGUUUCACACUGGCUAGAGCGUUGAGUGGGAAGACUGUUGAUGAUGUGUGGAGGGAGAUUCAACAAGGGCAGAAGAAGAAGAAGAAUUGUGAAGAUUUGAAAACUCAGAGUAGCGUGACUACACUUGGUGAUAUCACUUUAGAGGAUUUCUUGAUACAAGCAGGGCUUUAUGCUGAGGCUUCUCCAAGUCCCAUUAUGAGCUUGGAUGCCAUUGAUUCUAUGGAUGAGCAGACUUUUUCACAGAAAAUCGGCUUGUUGUCAUCAUUCCCUUCGCUUGGCACACUGUCAGAUACAACACCAAAACGGGGAAGGGAUCCCUCAGACUUUGAGGAGACUAUGGACCGGAGGCUAAAGAGGAAAAUCAAGAACAGGGAGUCUGCGGCUCGAUCUCGAGCAAGAAAACAGGCCUACCAUAAUGAAUUGGUGAAUAAGGUCUCACGCCUUGAAGAGGAGAAUUUGAAGCUCAAGAAAGAGGAGGAAUUCGAGAACACGAUGCAAAGCAAACCAAUCUCGGAACCGAAGUAUCAGCUGCGAAGAACUAGUUCAGCCUCCUUCUAAGCUGCAUCUUUGGUACAAAAGGUAUUGGUUUGGGUAUGUAGGGAGAAUGUUGCAGUAAGGUAUACUACAGAGAGUCAGCUGCAUGUUUGUGGCUCCAACGCUGAAUAUAGUUUGGUUUUACAUGUACAUUAUUUAUUGAUCCAUAUCUAAUUUUCAGCCAUAGAGAGCAGCAAAAGUUCAAUGCUCAUAA